UUUUCCUGCGAGCUCCCUUUUCGCAUGGAUUUUUGUCCCCUUCUGGGUAUUGUGUUAGCGCUGGCUGCCUCCAAGCCUGGAGUUUCUAGGAGGGGCCUCUGUUGUGGAGUGUUUUUGUUUCUAUGGAGAAACGCAAUGAGCUGUUCUGCUCAUGACGGGGAAAUCCGCCUUCAGUUUUCUAUAUGCGUGGAAAGGAGUCCUUGAUACAUGUCUGCCAAGAAACAAAACCAACAAAAGAAAAGAAAUGAGCCGUCAGACUGCUACAGCACUUCCUACGGGUACCUCCAAGUGUACACCAUCCCAGAGGGUACCUGCGUUGACUGGCACCACCGCAUCCAACAAUGACUUGGCUAGCCUCUUCGAGUGUCCUGUGUGCUUUGACUAUGUACUGCCACCCAUUCUGCAGUGCCAAAGUGGCCACCUUGUUUGUAGCAACUGUCGUCCCAAGCUCACGUGCUGUCCAACAUGCCGAGGCCCGUUGGGCUCUAUUCGUAACUUGGCUAUGGAAAAAGUUGCCAACUCUGUACUGUUUCCUUGUAAAUACGCCUCCUCCGGCUGCGAGAUAACUUUGCCCCACACCGAGAAAGCAGACCAUGAAGAGCUUUGUGAAUUUAGGCCUUAUUCAUGUCCGUGCCCCGGUGCUUCUUGUAAGUGGCAAGGAUCUCUGGAUGCUGUCAUGCCCCAUCUCAUGCACCAGCACAAGUCAAUCACAACGCUACAGGGAGAAGAUAUUGUUUUCCUUGCUACAGACAUUAACCUUCCUGGUGCAGUUGACUGGGUUAUGAUGCAGUCGUGUUUUGGCUUUCACUUCAUGUUGGUAUUGGAGAAACAGGAGAAGUACGAUGGCCACCAGCAGUUCUUUGCAAUUGUACAGCUGAUAGGAACGCGGAAGCAAGCCGAAAAUUUUGCUUACCGGCUAGAGCUGAACGGUCAUCGGCGGCGAUUGACUUGGGAAGCGACGCCUCGAUCGAUUCACGAAGGGAUCGCGACGGCCAUCAUGAACAGUGACUGUCUAGUCUUUGAUACCAGCAUUGCGCAGCUGUUUGCAGAGAACGGCAACUUAGGCAUCAAUGUGACGAUUUCGAUGUGCUGAGCCGCCAUCCAGUGUUUUGAGGCCAGUGUCUGGGGGAGGGGGCGCAACCCCCCACCACCAUUGCAUUCAGUUUCAUAGAACUCAAGGUAAAC